AUGCCUCAACCUGACUCAGAGCAGGCACAUGGAGCGCCAGCGGCUCCGCUGGACGAAGCGAGCGCAGUGGCCACAAAGGCCAUCGAAGCGGCCAUCGAGGUGCUUCGUAAGGAAGAAGAGACCACAGCAGUCGCCCGUACGAUCGAUUGGCUGCGCUCCACCUCAAACGCAGUAAAAAACUUGCUUUCUGAGUGCCGGGCUGAGUCUGGCUAUGACGAGGAUGCCACUGGUGUAGCCAGCAUCGCUGCAGUGCGAAUGCAGGAGCAGUGGCUGGAAGUCCUGCGCGCUCGGGAGGCCGUGAUCGAGAAGGAGCUGGAGGAGUUUGAGGAGUCCGAGUACCGCUGCAGCCGAAUGUCCUUCGAACUGCAGAGACGAUCCAAAGAGAUCGAGCAGAUGGAGGAGACUCUCAAGCUGGAGAACUCCCGCGCAAAAGCCGUCCGCAAGGCCCAGGCGAUCUUGGUGCCGCGAGUAGCCAAAGUGGUGGAGGAGAUGAGGAAACCCUUGCCGCCUCCAGGUUGUAAAGAUGGAUGGCCCUGGGAGGUCUCUUUGGAUCUCUGGUCGUCUCCCAGCACUGGAAAUGCUGGAGCUGAGGGUGUGGCACGGGGCAAGAAGCCAAUGUCCAAAGCAGGAAAAGUGCUGUCAAGAUCCAAGAAGUUGUGGUCAAGACUUAACUUUGAAGAAAGAAAGGUCUAA